AGGGUCGGAACAUCAGUUAAAAUCUGACCACUACCAGCCCACACCCUCCCUACCACGUCCACAGAAUCUCCAGGCUCCAAAGAGGAAGUGGGUCUUGGGUGCACCAUGAUCUCACCAUUCUUAGUACUGGUCAUCGGCACCUGCCUUACCCACUGCUUAGUGCCAGAGAAAGAGAAAGAUCCCAAGUAUUGGCGAGACCAAGCUCAGCAGACCCUGAAACACGCCCUGGGACUUCAGAAGCUCAACACCAAUGUGGCUAAGAAUGUCAUCAUGUUCCUGGGAGAUGGGAUGGGCGUCUCCACAGUGACAGCCGCCCGCAUCCUCAAGGGUCAGCUCCACAACAACCCCGGGGAGGAGACCAGGCUGGAGAUGGACAAGUUCCCCUUCGUGGCCCUCUCCAAGACAUACAACACCAACGCGCAGGUCCCCGACAGCGCAGGCACCGCCACUGCCUACCUGUGUGGGGUCAAGGCCAACGAAGGCACCGUGGGGGUGAGCGCGGCCACCGAGCGCUCCCGGUGCAACACCACCCAGGGCAAUGAGGUCACCUCCAUCCUGCGCUGGGCCAAGGAUGCUGGGAAAUCCGUGGGCAUUGUGACCACCACGAGAGUGAACCAUGCCACCCCCAGCGCCGCCUACGCCCACUCGGCCGACCGGGACUGGUACUCGGACAACGAGAUGCCCCCAGAGGCCCUGAGCCAGGGCUGCAAGGACAUCGCCUACCAGCUCAUGCACAACAUCAGGGACAUCGAUGUGAUCAUGGGAGGUGGCCGGAAGUACAUGUACCCCAAGAAUAAAACCGAUGUGGAGUAUGAAAUGGAUGAGAAGGCCAGGGGCACGAGGCUGGAUGGCCUGGACCUCAUUGACAUCUGGAAAAGCUUCAAACCCAGACACAAGCACACUCACUUCAUCUGGAACCGCACCGAACUCCUGGCCCUUGACCCCCACACCGUGGACUACCUCUUGGGUCUCUUCGAGCCAGGGGACAUGCAGUACGAGCUGAACAGAAACAACGUGACUGACCCGUCGCUCUCUGAGAUGGUGGAGGUGGCCAUCCAAAUCCUGAAGAAGAACCCCAAAGGCUUCUUCCUGCUGGUGGAAGGAGGCAGGAUCGACCAUGGGCACCAUGAAGGCAAAGCCAAGCAGGCCCUACACGAGGCAGUGGAGAUGGACCAGGCCAUCGAGCAGGCGGGCACCAUGACCUCUACGGGAGACACCCUGACUGUGGUCACUGCUGACCACUCCCAUGUCUUCACCUUUGGCGGAUACACUCCCCGUGGCAACUCUAUCUUUGGUCUGGCCCCCAUGCUGAGUGACACAGACAAGAAGCCCUUCACGGCCAUCCUGUAUGGCAACGGGCCCGGCUACAAGGUGGUGGGUGGCGAGCGCGAGAACGUCUCCAUGGUGGACUACGCUCACAACAACUACCAGGCGCAGUCCGCUGUGCCCCUGCGUCACGAGACCCACGGCGGGGAGGAUGUGGCCGUCUUCGCCAAGGGCCCCAUGGCACACCUGCUGCACGGCGUCCACGAGCAGAACUAUAUCCCCCAUGUGAUGGCAUACGCGGCCUGCAUCGGGGCCAACCUCGACCACUGCACCCCUGCCAGCUCGGCGGGUGGCCCUGCUCCAGGCCCCCUGCUGCUCCCGCUGGCCCUGCUUCCCAUGAGCAUGCUGUUCUGAGGGCCCAGGGCCUGGGCGCCCGCAAGCCCGCGACCAAUGCCAACUCCCCGCUCCCGGUGCUGCCCCCGCCCGGCAGCCCACACCUCAAGGGGCGGCACGGCGGAGUCCUCAGCCUCUGCAGCUGCCAGAAAGGGGACCCAGGAAACCAAAGUCUGCCACCCGCCUCGCUCCCCUCUGGAAUCCUGCAGGGGACCAGACCAAGUCCUGGCCCCCGGCCUUCGCCCCCUCCCCGCCGCCCUCUGGCCAACAGGGUAGGUUUCUCUCGGGCAGGCGGAGAGCACAGACUGCAGAAAUUCUCAAAGCAUCUUAUUUUUCUAGCAAACAUACUCCUCCAGACCCAGAGGUCCCGAAGCCUCCAUGGAACAUUUCAGAUCUGACCCUCCCCCUCCCAUCCCCUUCCCUCUGGACCCCCCCCAGGCCCUACCGUGUACAGGACCCUGUCCCCAGCCCAGCCUUCCCUGCAGGGGGACCAGGUGUCUCCUUGGGACCGGGUCUGUUCACCCUCUCACUUCAAGGCUGUCAGACUCCAAGGAAGCCUGCUCCCAGGCCUGGCCAUCCAACCCAGGGUGGCCCGGGCUGGGAAGAGCAGCCUGGCAGGGCUUACGCCCCCUGGCUCUGAACACACAUGCCAGCUUCUCUCUGAAGCAACUCUCCUGUUUGGAACAGCAGAAAAAUUUUUUUUUCUCUUUUUGGUGGUGGUUAAAAGGGAACACAAAACAUUUAAAUAAAACUUUCCAAAUACUUCUGAGGACA